AUGCCAUCCGCUGAAGAACGCGUCAUGUCCCUGGUUGCGAGCAUCCAAUCCCCCGGGAAUCGAGGUCUUGUAACGGGGACAGUAGGUGCCGGUCUGCUGGCGGCACUCCUGGGCUGGUGCUACCGAGACUACCAGAGCUUUCUCGCUCUCGGUCCGGGUGGCCUCCCGUACAAUCUGAAAGGAUGGGCCAUCGUGACAUUGUUUAUCAGGCCGUUUGCCAUGAGCAAGUCCAGAGUAACCUCUGUGGCUGAUUACCCGGAGAACGGAGCUCCCGAGGUUGUCAAACAGCUCCCUGUUCGUCGCGGAGAGCGCGCCAUCCUGGGAGGUAUCGCGCCUCACCGACAAAUGUCGCAACAUGCUCCCGAGAGAAUGCGGGUGUACAUGCAAAACCUCUUCGACAACGCCGUCAAGCAGCACCCGGAGCUAUUGGAGAUGAAAAAGUCCUUGUACGAACGCCACCACGACGCUCUCUUCGUGUCUGCAGACUUGCUGCAAAGCCAGGAGUCGUCGGUCCCGGAAACCGCGCGGGUCGCUCGUGGCGAGGUUGGGCACAUGCACACCGACCUUUCCAUCCACCUCUACCUGUCUCCAGCCGACGCGCGCCAGGUUAUACAAAAGAACUGGGGAGAACGUCACAGGCUGUCGGUCCCCAAGACGUCCUGGUUCAGGAACAAGUUUGGCGUGGCCGACACCUACCUCAUGAUCUACGGCCCGAGGGACGAGAAGGAGAUGGAGGUGUUCAAGGUCAUACUCGCGCGGAGCAUCUCAUUCAUGACUGGAAAGGACGUGUCUGAGGAUAUUGAGUGGAGGAAGGCGUUGUGA